AUGCCCUCCUCCGUGCACUCCCAAGACCAGGACCAGUCCAUGAUGGACGCCGCUCCGCAGGAGCAAGAACAAUACCAGGAGGAAGAUGAUCUCCUGGAGAUGGAGGAGAAGCGCAUUGUUGUUCUUCCCGGCGCCACCGAAACAGCCGCUUCGUUCCAGUUUGAAGGCGAGGGUCAUACAUUGGGGAAUGCGUUGCGGUUUUCGAUUAUGAAGAACCCCCAAGUCGAAUUCUGCGGUUAUACCAUUCCCCAUCCUUCGGAGCAGAAGAUGAAUUUGCGGAUUCAGACGAGUGACGAAACCACCGCAACUGAUGCCCUCCAGAAAGGCCUCGACGACCUCAUGGAUCUCUGCGAUGUCGUGACGGACAAGUUCACCAACGCACGCAACGCUUUUAACGCCGCCGAGGCCGAUAAGAUGACCUCGUGA